AUGCCUUCCUUCACCUACCUCACAGCGGCUCUUGCCCUGACCAGCGCUGUUGCUGCGACUCCAGUCCAGAAGCGCGAUGCGUUCUCCGUUCAGCAGGUUCAGCACAAAAUCCACCUGAAGAACGGUCCCGGUCAGGUUGCAAAGACCUUCCGCAAGUACGGCAAGGUCGUUCCGGAGCACAUCCAGUCCGCUGCCGACGCACGUGCCAACACCGUCACUGCUGCUGCCGUUACGGGCUCUGAGCCUGCCAACCCCAGCGACGACUACGACUCGUCCUACCUCAGCCCGGUCACCAUCGGCACCACCACUGUUAACCUUGACUUUGAUACCGGAUCUGCUGAUCUCUGGGUCUUCUCCUCCCUCCAGGCCUCCUCUCAGCUUGUUAGCCACGACUACUAUAAGGUCGAUGCCUCCAAGGUCAAGAAUGGCUACUCAUGGAAGAUCAGCUACGGUGAUGGCUCCGGUGCGUCUGGCAAGGUCUACGCUGAUAAGGUCACCGUUGCUGGUGUGACCGCCACCUCUCAGGCCGUCGAGGCUGCCACAUCCGUCUCUGCCCAGUUCUCCCAGGAUCAGGACACCGACGGUCUUCUCGGCCUUGCCUUCAGCACGAUCAACACCGUCUCCCCCACCCCCCAGAAGACCUUCUUCGAUACCGUCAAGUCUUCGCUUGCUAAGCAACUCUUCGCUGUCAACCUCAAGUACCACGCCGCUGGUACCUACGACUUCGGCUUCAUCGACUCCACAAAGUACACCGGUGCCAUCACCUACGUCGACGUCGACUCCAGCCAGGGCUUCUGGGGCUUCUCCGCAACCGGCUACUCGGUCGGCUCCGCUGCAGCCGUCAAGUCCAACAUCGCUGGCAUCGUCGAUACGGGCACAACGCUGAUCUACAUCGACUCCGCCAUCGCAAAGGCGUAUUACUCCAAGGUCACCGGCGCCAAGGUCGAUAACACACAGGGCGGCUACGUGUUCCCCUGCUCCACCACUCUGCCCAACUUCUCCAUCACCGUCGGCGGUGUCGCCCAGACCGUGCCCGGCAAGUUCAUCAACUACGCCCCUAUCUCUUCCGGUUCGAGCACCUGCUUCGGUGGUAUUCAGACCAGUGAUGACAUCGGCUUUAACAUCUUCGGCGACAUCUUCCUCAAGAGCAAGUACGUUAUCCACGACGUCUCCACGGGCUCUCCUCGCCUCGGUUUCGCACAGCAGGCUGGUGUCUCAGUCUAA